UUCCUACUAUCUCUCACAUAGAAAGACAUUGUUUGGAAGUCUCGCUUUUCUGGAAACCGUCAUUAACCAUUUGAAUGACGAACAUCGACACAGAAGGGCAUUGAUUUCUGUGUAUUUCAAUGAUUUUUGUUUCUCUUUCAGAUGCACACCUUGGAGAAUGUGUCCCUAGGAAGCCUCUGCUUUCACCAUCUGGGUUUUAUUAUCAGAACCAGUGGAUGUCAACAAGCUGUAACGUUCGGCGUUUCAACACUCCUGAAACUAUUAUAAACUGUCUCCAUGGGAAAAAUGUCUACAUUUUUGGAGAUUCCACUAUACGCCAGUGGUUUGAAUAUUUGACAGAAUUUGUACCAGAUCUCAGGAAGUUUGAUCUUGGCAAUUCUAAAAAUACUGGCCCACAUCUUGCUUUGGAUAUAGACAACAAGAUCAAGGUGGAAUAUUAUGCUCAUGGCCCACCGAUUCGAAUCCUCCCCAUUUCAAAUCAGGACUUGCCAUUCACUGCAAAUAAACUGGAUGAUAUUAAAGGUGGAAAGAACACUGUUAUAGCCUUCACCAUUUGGUGUCAUUUCAACACUUUUCCAGUUGAACCAUACAUCCGAAGGGUCCAGAACGUCCGCAGGUCAAUUCUACGAUUGCUGGGAAGGAGCCCAGAUACAGUGGUUGUAAUAAAAACUGCAAAUGUCCAGGCCCUUCCACGGGAAGUCAGUCUCUACAACAGUGACUGGUAUUCCUAUCAACUUGACUUAGUGAUGAGAAAGAUGUUUGAGGGCAUCAAAGUGGCAUUUGUAGAUGCCUGGGAGAUGACGCUAGCACAUUACCUGCCUCAUGAAUUACACCCUGACAAAAUCAUCGUAAAGAAUGAAGUAGAUGUGUUUCUUUCAUAUGUGUGUCCUUUGUGAAAGAGUCAGUUUAUGUUUUGCAAAAAGUGAAUAUAGUAUUUUAUAUUAAACGA